UCGUCUGGUCCCUGGACAAUAUUUUCUCACUUGUACUCCCUUUGAUGAAACUUUUCACAUCGCCGAGUCCUAUUGCUUGACUCCUUCGACUCGAUCUAUCCGCUAGGAUUCGAGAGCUGAAAUAUUUCACUGCCACGCCAGCCAGAGUAUCACCAACAUGGCUGACUCGAUACACAACGAGUCUACUUCCACAGCUCCAUCACCAGACCAAAUGUAUUGCCACGCCUGCCAUCACCAGUGGCAGCGCCAGGGCGAAACCCUCGAGUGCCCUGCCUGCAACAACGCAACCACGGAAAUUGUCAGCAACCAGACCUCGCCAACAACUCUGGAUACCAGGACAACGCUACUAACCCAGGAUCGCCAGAUCACGCCUGAGAAUGACCCGCGCCAUUUCCACCGCCGGCCCUUGCCUGCUACCGUAGAAGACGCGCCUGCAGAGGACGAGCCUCAACCUGACUAUUCUGCUGCUGCCACCGAGACCGAGUCUCAACAGCCCACAGAGGUUACAACCUCCAACACAGAGACCCCAAAUGCCAACGAGAGCAACGACCAUAAUGAUGCGAGACCACAGACCGAAGCCAACGGCACAUCAACAACCAGCGGAAACAUUCGGACUUCGGAUGAGACCAACACCCGAGGCACUCAGGAGCAGACCAGCAAUGCUUCCAACACCGAAGCCCCUCGAUCUGGAUCCCGCUCUACCAACACCCAGCACUUCGAUAUCCGCUUCAUCUUCCCUCCUGUGACCUUCUUCACCACCGUCAUUUCCGAGCCUCUCACCCCACGAUCUCAACAGCAACCAGCUGGCUCACAGCCAAAUGGCCAGGCGCAAUCUACCGAGCAAUCGAAUGAGCAGCCUAAUAACCAGCAAUCUAACGCUUCGAACACAUCUGCUAAUGGUCCCACUCCUAACGGCUCUACCGCUUCUGGUCCGUCCCCCAUUACCUUCUUUGGAUUGCACUUCUUUACGCCUAGGCCUCCUCAUGCCCACACUGCUCCGGCAUCCAAUGCUUCGAGCAACACCACCCAGACCGAAGGCACUGCGCAGCAACAGUCACAAUUCAAUGGCGAACAAGCACAAGCCUCCGAGCAAGAACAGCCACAAUCCAGUAGCGAACAACCACAAGCCUCCCAGCAGCAACAGCCCCAGCAAGGUCCCCAGCCAGCCACCCAAGGCCAAUCAUCCGCCUUUGGAUCUGGUCCCGUACCAGCUGGUCUCAUGAACGCCAUCUUGUCCGCCAUGUUCAGCCCUCUCAGUCCUCUUGUUCUCGGCAACCUCAACUUUGUUAACGACGGCGUUUACUCGCAAGAGGCCUUUGACCGCAUCAUCACCCAGCUGCGCGAGCAGCACGCCGCGCAGAACCCAGGCGGCGCCCCUCCGGCCUCUCAAGCCGCCAUUGAGAAGCUCCGAGUUAAGGACAUUGACGAGCAAAUGCUCCAGGGCUGCCAGGACAACAAGACCAAAUGCGUCAUCUGCGUCGACGAAAUGACGCUCGGCGACAAGGCUACCCUCCUUCCCUGCAACCACUUCUUCCACGGCGAGUGCGUGACGCCCUGGCUCAAGGUGCAUAACACUUGCCCUGUCUGCCGACGGUCCGUCGAGGUCGAAGAGGCGCCCGAGAGCAAGAAGCGCAAGAAUGUGGCGGAGCAUGAGCCCACGGGCAGGGACGGCCAUGGCAUUGACGAGGCGGAGGAUGAGGACGAACAGCAGAGCGCCGAAGUGGCUGCGGCGAUUCCGGAAAGGCAAAGGAGGCCAUAUGGACCCGAGAGGCUGCGUGGUGAAGGUACGGAUUGUGCUUGAAGUGAAUUCUAUAUGUGAUGUGAUUUGAG